AUGCUCUCGCUGAAGGAGCAAAAGACGUUCGAGAAGGGGCUAUGGCAGAAGACGAAAAAGGCGGGAGGCGACAUCAUCCUAUACGACCACCACCUCGUUGUGUACAAGCACUCGCUCGACCUGAUCCUGUACUUCAUCGCCGGCUCGACGGAGAACGAGAUAAUGCUCUAUUCCGCGCUCACCUCGCUAACGGACGCGCUGACGAUGCUCCUGCGGAACUCACUCGAGAAGCGCGGGGUGCUGGAGAACCUCGACCUGGUGCUGCUUUGCCUGGAUGAGACGAUUGACGACGGGAUCAUCGUCGACACCGACGCCGCUGCCAUCGCCUCCCGGGUGAGCCGACCACGGCCAGACACGACGGAGAUCGUCAUCAACGAACAGACCAUCAUGAACGCGUACCAGACAGUGAAGGAGAAGAUGCAGCAAAGAAUAGGGCAGCUAUGA